AGUCCAAGUACUAAGACACAAUCUCUGUCCACUCCGACCUAUAGACCGUUUCCAUCUCCCAUUUUCGACUCGAAAACCGAGAAUCGGUCAGCGGUCGCACGCAUGUCGUAACAUGUCCGUCAUGCCUUUUUGCCUAGCUCAGAGGGCGCCACGAAGAACAAUUGGGAUUUGAGCACCAGGACUGCCGGCCUUCAACUUCGACGAUGAACGACUCGGGCCGCAUUCAGCCCAGGUACGCCAGGGGAAUGGAACCGGAAAUGGUGCUGCCAUCUCUUGCUCAGCAAUUUCCCUUCACACCUCAACUGGCGCAUGCAUCUCUAUAUGGGCUACCGCCGCCGCGACAUGUCCAUGGUGGUACAACGCACGAAUUUGUACACAAGACUUCUUCCGAGGGCUUGGUCACAUACUCGGGCCAUCCUGGUGCACUCGAUGCGCCAGUCGAACAGCGCGACCAUGAUGAUUCAGCUCCGGAAGACGAGGCUAAUACCACGGAGCCAAAGCGGAAGAGCAACAAUUCGUCAGUUCCCAGAGCAUCUCGGGAGCGGCGAGCCGCUCGCGUGGGCGAUUUGGAAGAACGUCUUCGACAUGUCAAGGACGUACAUGAAAAGGACGAGGCCGGACGUCAGGAGCGUGUCCACAACCUUGAGCUUGAAUUGCAGGCAUACAAGUCCAAAUGUGAAGUACUAGAGAACCUUCUUGAACGGGAACGAAAGGAUCGGGUGGAUGCGGAGAGAAAUCUUGGGAAAGCACGGGAUGGAGGAAAGUCUAUCGGCUGUAGAUCAUCACCGACUGGUGGUCCGGUAAAACAUUGAUAUUCGCGUUCAUC